AUGCAAUUACCAGAAGGAUACUCGUUUAGACAAUUACAACAAAAUGACUACUCAAACAAUUAUUUAGAAACAUUAAAGGUUUUAACUACUGUUGGUGAAAUAUCACCAGAAUUGUUUGCGGAUGUCUUCAACAACUGGCAGUCGUUACCGGAGAUAUAUCAGCCACAUGUAAUAACCAAUAAUGACGGAACGGUGGUUGCUACAGGAAUGUUGUUUAUAGAAAGAAAGGUGAUUCAUGAAUGUGGAUCGGUCGGUCAUAUUGAAGAUAUUGCCGUGGCCAAGUCAGAACAAGGGAAGAAGUUAGGAUUUUCUAUGAUUAGCGGCUUGACCGAAGUGGCAAAGAACAAGGGGUGUUAUAAGAUUAUUUUGGAUUGUUCUCCUCAUAACGUUAAAUUCUAUGAAAAGUGUGGAUACAAGAACGAUGGUGUAGAAAUGGUUAAAAGGUUUCCAUAA